AUGCUGAAGAGACGAGAACGUGCUUUUGGAUUCGACGGCCGGUUGGGGCAAUUUCCAGGCAAAGUGCAUGUUCGAACCAAGGAGGGUCAAGUUCCUAUCGCCGUUCCAAUGUAUGGUGCAUCACCAGCAAAACGGGAGGUCAUAGAUAAACAGGUGAAGACCUGGUUCGAACAAGGUGUUAUUGAACCAUCGAUCAGUCCUUGGAGUGCACCAGUAGUGAUCGUGUACCGCAAUGGCAAGGCUCGUUUU